UUUUAGAAUUCUCUCUGUAAUCAAGAUGAGGACUUUAAGAUGGGACUCCAGAAAACCCUCAAGUGCCGUCUCCGAAGCUCAAAUCAAAGCAAUGGAGGAAGAAGCAAGAGAAGUGGUGAUCGAUAAGGAUCUGAAGAAGAAGAUAAAGGAAACGGUGAAGAAGCUCUUGGAAAGGUCGAGUUUGUAUCAGAUAACAGAGGUUAAGGCGCGAGAAGAAGCUUCAUCUGAGUUGGAUCUCGAUCUUUCGCAAGAUCCGUACAAGCUCAUCGUGAGGGAAGCCGUCGAGAGUUUCAUCGAGAAGGCUGUAUCCACGAUCGAGAGUGAGAUGGGAAAGCACCAUACUCAGAUUGUACAAGACGUCCAAGGAGUAAGCGAGGUUUCGUCCAAGAAAAUAAAGAAGAAGAAGAAGAAGACGGACAAGGAAGAUUCGGCUGCUUAGAUCAAAUUUAUCAAGCUCAUCUAUGGAUUUCGUUCUGUAAUUUCCCGGUGAGUCUGUUUGAUUUCAACGAUGAUGAUGAAACUCUCAAGUCAAGUGUGACCAAAUUGAAUGGAAUCUGCUUUAACAUCUAUCAAAAGCUUAUCUCAAAAAAAAAUGCUUCAAAUUAAUGAUUAUGACAUUUGCAUUC